CGGACCCGAGAGCGCGCAGCCCGUGCUGCUGGCCGGACGCGGUUCCGCACGACUCAGCGGGGAAACGGAGGCCCCUGCAGCUGCCGGGCCGGCCCCGGGAUGGCCCCCCAGCCCUCAGACUCUGCGGAGGGGCUCCGCGCCGCCGGCAACCGGAGCUUCCGCAACGGCCAGUUCGCCGAGGCCGCCGCGCUCUACAGCCGCGCGCUGCAGGUGCUGCAGGCGCGAGAUUCUUCAGACCCUGAAGAAGAAAGUGUUCUCUACUCCAACCGAGCAGCGUGCCACUUGAAGGAUGGAAACUGCACAGACUGCAUCAAAGAUUGCACUUCAGCACUGGCCUUGGUUCCCUUUGUCAUGAAGCCCCUGCUGCGGCGAGCGUCGGCCUACGAGGCUCUGGAGAGGUACCCCCUGGCCUAUGUCGACUACAUGACUGUGCUGCAGAUUGAUGGCAGUGUGACAUCAGCCUUGGAAGGCAUCAACAGAAUGACCAGAGCUCUCAGGGACUCACUGGGGCCCGAGUGGCGCCUGAAGGUACCCUCUGUCCCCGUGGUGCCUGUUUCAGCUCAGAAGAGGUGGGAUUAUUUGCCUUCAGAAAACCACAGAGAGACAGCUAAGAGCAAAUCCCGAGAAACCACAACUGCGAAGAGCAGAGUGCCUUCUGCUGGGGAUGUGGAGAGAGCCAGAGUUCUGAAGGAAGAAGGCAAUGAGCUUGUAAAGAAGGGAAACCAUAAGAAAGCUAUUGAGAAGUACAGUGAAAGCCUCUCGUUUAGUAACCUGGAAUCCGCCACGUACAGCAACAGAGCGCUCUGCUAUUUGGUCCUGAAGCAGUACAAGGAAGCAGUGAAGGAUUGCACAGAAGCCCUCAAGCUGAAUGGAAAGAACGUGAAGGCGUUUUACAGACGGGCUCAAGCCUACAAGGCACUCAAGGACUAUAAAUCCAGCCUUGCAGACAUCAGCAGCCUCCUGGAAAUUGAGCCCAAGAACGGCCCUGCACAGAAGUUGCGGCAGGAAGUUAAUCAGAACUUAAACUAAAAACCCAAAAGGAAGCAGGAAACCUCUGCCUGACCUCCUUCCUCUGGGCCUGCUCCUGGUACCCAGCAUGCCCCCGAGUAAGCUCUGAAGUACCCUCCUCUGUCCCUCAGAAAGAUGAGGGCCUCCCACUUCUUAAGAGGCUUUGCUUGUUCAAAUUAAGCUCAGUGUUGUCAAAAACCAGGCAUUGUUGUUUGCUGGAAAGGUCCCCGCUGGAGCGAAGCCCCAUUCCCCCUGCCUUGGACAGCUAGCGGAUCACACAGACGGAUCGUUGGCAGCAAAGCCCUUGGCUCUGUUGCUGCCCCAUGCAUGCUCCAGACCAAGUGCUGCCCUCCUAGCUUCCCCAGACCUGCCCCACUGUGCUUCAUCCGAGCAAACUGAGCUUGGGGUGGGGGGUGAGGGAGAAACUAGAAAACCCUGGCCCACCUGCACCCAGAGCAGCCUGUUGAGCUGGUUCUCCAGGGCUGCUGCCUCCUGCAUGGAGUUGCCUAAGCUGUUUCAAUAGCCCGGAGGUCUGGCUGCUCCUCCUGAAGGUGGGAUGGGGAGGAAGGCCUUCUUGAAGUUAGUGCCCUUCCUGUCUGGGCAGGGACUUGCCUUUUGACCCCAACAGUGGCCCCCUCCAGGUUUCUUAGUUGUUUGUAAUAUAAAGUUAAUUUGAAUGGAAGCAACUCCGAUUUUGUUGAACUGCGUGUUUAAGCUAUUGCAUUAAACGUCUUCUACAUAAAUGUCUGCUGUACUUUCAUUUAUGGUUUUUCAGCUUUGUGCUUGGAACUUUGC